AGUUUGGAACGCCAUAACAAAAAUGGAUCUUUUUGUAAUUGAUUCGGUAGGGGACAGUACGGCAAAUGGAUGUUCAAAUACUGUAUCAGUUCCCCGAUUACCGGAAACAUUCAUUAACGCAUUCGAUGGUACAACGCAUAGUGGGGAUUCUGGUUCGGCAGCAACGAAAGAAAGCGACGACGAAGAUUAUGCAGGGCUUCCUUCACCCGGUCAAAGUAUUUUAAAAAUACUGAAUGAAGAUGUUGGCAGCGAAUUGGACCGUGUUUCGUGGAAGCGAAAGCAUGAGAACAGGGAAACGACUACGACCGCUGCUGCCCAACCAAGUACCUCUUCGAGGGCUAAAACAAAGCAUCGUGACUAUGAUUUGUGUCGAACAGACGUCGUGAAACAGCUAAAAGGAGCUGUUUUAACACCGAGCAUUGAAAAGAAAGAAGAUAUUGCAAACUUAGCUUUGUCGGACAAAGCUUUCAGGAAGCUGAACAGACUGGAACGUAAAAAAACAAAAGGCAGAAAUUGGUUCGGUAUGGCUGCCCCGCAAAUCACGCCUGAACUUCAAAACGAACUAACGUUGAUGAAGAUGCGCUCCAUAUUAGACCCGAAACAAUCCUUCAAACGUCUUGAUAAACGAAAAACGCCGAAAUAUUUCGAAAUCGGCAAGAUAAUCGAUUCCCCAUUGGAUCACUUCAACGAACGAGGCGUCAAGAGGCUCAAGUCGAAAUCACUUGUCGACGAACUGUUGGCGGAUGCAGAGUUCCAGAAGUUCAACAAGCGCAAAUACGUCGAAUCGUUGGAAAAGCAGAAGAAAAAGGCCUACCAUAAGGCAGUGAUGAAGAUGAAGAAGGAAAAAAAGAAGAGUAAGAAAAAAUAA